AUGUCUAAACCUAAAAAAGAUCAUCUUUUACGACUCAAUCCAACAUGUGGAUCACUUCUUGACGAACUUCAGAUAAUAUGGAAUGAAGUUGGGGAGUCUGAGGCUGAAAAAGGUAGAAUGUUGUUUGAGCUUGAAGAAGAAUGUGUAGAAGUAUACAGAAGAAAGGUAGAUAAAGCAAAUCGGUCUAGAGCUCAACUAAGGCAGGAUAUCGCUGAUUCCGAGGCAGAGCUUGCAUGUAUCUGCUCAACAAUGGGGGAGCGACCAGUGCAUAUUAGGCAGUUUGACCAAAAUGCUGGAAGCUUGAAGGAAGAGCUUGCAAGAGUUCACCGAGAGCUAGAGGAAAUGCAAAAAAGGAAGUCUGACCGUAGAGAUCAAUUCAUAGAAGUCCAAGAACAGAUUCAAAGUAUCUCAAAUGAGAUUUAUAGUGCAAGUGAAAAUAUUACAGCUGUUGUAGAUGAAACCGAUUUGUCAUUGAAAAAGCUUGAAGAAUUGCACAGAGAGCUUCUUGCACUGCAGAAGGAGAAGAGUGAGCGCCACAAGAAGGUUCAAGACCAUCUGUUUACCUUGAAUUCCCUUUGUACAGUGCUUGGUUUGGACAUUAAGCAGACACUCAGUGGAAUCCAUCCUAGCUUUGCAAUCUCAGAAGGUCCUAGGAGUGUAAAUAGUGAAACCAUCAAUCAGUUAGCUAUUGCCAUACAAGAACUGCGAAAAGUUAAAUUACAUAGAAUGCAGAGGCUUCAAGAUCUAGCUUCAACAAUGUUGGAGCUCUGGAAUUUGAUGGAUACGCCUGUUGAAGAGCAACAGAGGUUUCAGAAUGUUACUUGUAAUAUCGUUGCUUCAGAAGAUGAAGUAACUGAACCAGACAGCUUGUCUGAGAACUUCAUCAAUUAUGUUGAGGCAGAAGUAUCUAGAUUGGAAGAGUUAAAAUCAAGCAAAAUGAAAGAGCUUGUUUUGAGGAAAAGAGCAGAGCUAGAGGAGAUUUGUCAAAAGACUCAUUUGAUUCCACAAAUUGAUAGUGCAGUGGAAUAUGCUGUUGAAGCUAUUGAAUCUGGAUUGGUAGACCCAGCUUGUGUGCUUGAACAAAUUGAACUUCAGAUUGCCCGUGUAAAAGAGGAAGCUUUUGCCAGAAAAGAAAUACUUGAAAAAGUUGAGAAAUGGUUGUCAGCACGUGAUGAAGAAUCUUGGCUUGAGGAGUACAACAUGGAUGAAAAUCGAUACAAUGCUGGAAGAGGUUUUCAUCUUACUCUCAAGCGAGCCGAGAAAGCCCGUGCCUUGGUUAGCAAACUUCCAGCAAUGGUAGAGGCAUUAACCUCAAAAACUAUCGCAUGGGAAAAGGACAACGGCAUGGAAUUCCAAUAUGAUGGUACCUGUCUUGUCUCUAUGCUUGAGAACUACUCCCUAUCACGGCAAGAGAAGGAGCAAGAACGUCGUAGGCAGCGGGAACUGAAAAAACUUCAUGGACAAAUAACAGCGGAAAAGGAAGUACUCUACGGGUCAAAACCAAGCCCUUCUAAGGCCCAGAGUGCAAAAAAGCCACCUAGGAUGUUAACUGCAAGUGCAAGUAGAAAAUCCCUUGGAUGUCAAACACCAAAAUCUGAUUCAAAAGCUCAUCAGUCAUUCUCCACGAGGAAGAGAGACAAAGCUCACCAAAAUGAUAAACUAAAUAACCUCGAUGAUGAGGUUUCUCACACAGUAAGGAUUUGGUUGAAAGAAAGAACAGGAAUCAAUGCAUAUUCUCUUAAGAAUUUGCUUCACUUAGUUUUGGCUACAACGAAGAAGAUUCUCAAUCGGAUUCUCCUCCCAUGUACUCUUGAUGAUGAUGAUGAUGGCUUUUUGAAUGUUGCAAAUGCACGGAACGAGAAGUUGCAGAAAACAUUAGUAGUUCGCAAUUUUCUAUCCAUCACUACCUCAAAGACAACCACAGUGGUGGAUGAAGAUAAUAGAACUCCAAAGGCAACACCUAUUCCUGUCCCCACUUCACCUUUAAAAGUGUCAAUUUCUAUGAAUAUGUCCAUGACUCCAGCCCUUGCAUCAGUUCUUUAUGGAGAAGAGACUGAAUACUCCAUUGAGGAAAGAAGGCUCGAUUUUGUGUUAGCAUAA